UACCAAUGUUUUACAUCAGGGAUUGGUCACUCCUGCUGCUGUCAGCACUGCAAACACUGCUGGGGGGAGUCGGCCCAAGUCCCCACCCCCCAGCCAGGUCUCAUAGAGGGAAUUGUUCUUCAGGCUCGGAGGGGCCUGCCUGUCACCUCACCCCCAACCCUAGCUCAGGGGCUGCAGAACUCAAGAUACCAUCCCCCGUUUCUCCUGGCUGAGGAAGGGAAGGGAACAUCCACAUCUUCUGUACUCCUCGAUUCUGUGUGCCCGGGGCCUGGAGUAAAGACACCUUCAAAUGCAGAGACUCUUCAGAUUCAGCUUUCCUGGAAACUGAUCUUCAAUGCACUAAGAGAAGGAGACUGUCAAACCAAAAAUGACCUGGAGGCACCAUGUCAGGCUUCUGUUUACGGUCAGUUUGGCAUUACAGAUCAUCAAUUUGGGAAACAGCUAUCAAAGAGAGAAACAUAAUGGCGGUAGAGAGGAAGUCACCAAGGUUGCCACUCAGAAGCACCAACAGUCACCGCUCAACUGGACCUCCAGUCAUUUCGGAGAGGUGACUGGGAGCGCCGAGGGCUGGGGGCCGGAGGAGCCGCUCCCCUACUCCCGGGCUUUCGGAGAGGGUGCGUCCGCGAGGCCUCGCUGCUGCCGGAACGGCGGUACCUGCGUGCUGGGCAGCUUCUGCGUGUGCCCGGCCCACUUCACCGGCCGCUACUGCGAGCAUGACCAGAGGCGCAGUGAAUGCGGCGCCCUGGAGCACGGAGCCUGGACCCUCCGCGGCUGCCACCUGUGCAGGUGCAUCUUCGGGGCCCUGCACUGCCUCGCCCUCCAGAUGCCUGGCCGCUGUGACCCGAAAGACUUCCUGGCCUCCCACGCUCACGGGCCGAGCGCCGGGGGCGCGCCCAGCCUGCUACUCUUGCUGCCCUGCGCGUUCCUGCACCGCCUCCUGCGCCCGGAUGCGCCAGCGCACCAUCGGUCUCUCGUGCCUUCAGUCCUCCAGCGGGAGCGGCGCCCCUGCAGAAGGCCGGGACUUGGGCAUCGCCUUUAA